CAUCUAUACCAGCUCGUGAUCACUCGUGUGAACGCUAGGGUGACAGUAGAAUUUCACCUUUCACCUUACUAAUAUAUGUUCGCGUGGCAAUCCACCUACUGGAUUUGGUUGCUUCCAGCCCUGAUGAUCCUCGGGGUCAUUGCCCUCGUCUUUGGGGUCCUGACCAUAUUGUUUAUGGUCAAACUGUACGCUCAGUACACCUGCGGGAGAUACAAGGAGAGGACUAAGAUGGACGGGAAGACUGUUAUUAUUACAGGGUGCACAAGCGGAAUCGGCAAGGAGACGGCCAAGGAGUUAGCUCGACGAGGAGCCAGGGUGAUCAUGGCUUGCAGAAACAUGGACGCUGCGGAGAAACUCAAGCAGCAAAUCAUCGACGCGACCCGCAACACAGAAAUAAUAGCGAAGAAACUCGACUUGAGUUCUUUCGCUUCCAUCCGCUCUUUCGCCGAGGACAUCAACAAGACUGAGAAGAAACUAGACGUCCUCAUCCACAACGCUGGAUACGCCCAAACAUUCAAGAAGGCCAAAUCCGAAGACGACAUCGAACUGACCAUGGCUACAAACCAUUACGGUCCAUUUUUGCUUACACAUCUCUUGGCAGAUUUGCUGAAAAAGAGCGCGCCGUCUCGAGUAGUUGUCGUCGCUUCAUCCUUGUACCGUUUGGCGAGUUUCGACUUGGAGAAUCCUAACCCUGUCGACACCUUGCCAGGUUAUUUGUACUACGCAUCCAAGGAGGCCAAUAUCUUAUUCACGAGGGAGCUAGCAAGGAGAUUAGAAGGCACUGGAGUCACCGCCAACUGCUUGCAUCCGGGCCUGAUCGACACUGGCAUUUGGAGAAACGUACCUGCUCCAUUGAACUGGGGACUGUCUUUGAUCAUCAAAGGAUUCUUCAAGACUCCCUACCAAGGUUGCCAGACCUCUGUCAUGUUGGCCGUGGACGAAAAGCUUGAAAAGGUGAACGGACAAUACUUUUCUGAUUGCAAAGAGAGUUCACUAUCUGCUGCAGCCAGCGACCCAGCCAGGGCGAGGAAAUUGUGGGAGAUUUCGGAGAAAAUUGUCAAACUUGAGGAGAGCGAUCCUAAAUUGUAAAUAUUUUUUUUUUAAUUUUAACGCUGUAAUGGACGAACAAAAUUAUUAACGUAGGUACAAAGGAAGAGUUAGAACCCUCCUGUGAUAUCACAAUUCCAGCUACUUAAAGCGAAUGGUAGUUCAAAUCAGAUAUUUUAUAUUUCUCGCAACAUUUCCAGCGUAUUUUGUGCUUUUAGUAACUAAUGUAAAGCAGAUUACUAUUUAAGCUU